AUGAUCUCCAGCCUGCUGGUUGAGAUGAGGGGCUUGAGGUUAUUUUCUACUUUGUUACCUCUUGAGAGAGACUAGUCCUGGAGACUGCAGGUCAUUGACCACAUGCCCAGUCCCUGCUGGGUUUUAGUGAGUGUGUGCUAAUGCAAUGGUAGGAGGAGUGGCUUGCACACACAGCCUCACACACACAGUUGCAUAUUUUUGCAUCUUCAUAAUUCAUGGACACAUAAUGAGGAAGUGGAUAGAUCUUGUUUCUUAUGAUUACCAGAAAUUUUUAUGAAUUUAUAAAAUAUUGAUUACUUUGUAUAGCUUUUUAAGACUAUACAUUUAUUUCCCUGCUUUUGAGAGGAGCUGGCUACUGUACUGGGAGACAUUCAGCAAUUGUGCUAAGCUCACGAUAUGCUAACUUCAAUCUCCAAACUGCAUGCAGAGACAUAAAAACGGUAUCCAUGAGUUUCUCUGACUCUGGGUAAGUAAACGUCCUAAAUCUCAAAAUAUCGCAGUAUCCCUUUGAACAUGUGGCAGCGUUCUGACUGGAAUAUACAUUUAUGUAAUGAGUAUUCAUACAGGCUGGCGUCUGUCAUUUGAUAUAAAAGCUCUGAGAGAUAGCCUAAGGAUUCUAUUUUUGUUAACUUCAGGACUGUACGUACAUUUCCCAACCAGAAGCCAUGGAUUACAGGCAACAUCCGCACUGAGCUAAAGGCUAGAGCUGGACACUAAUCUGGACGCUUAUAAGAAAUCCUGCUACGCCCUCCGACAAACCAUCAAACAGGCAUAGCGUCAAUACAGGACCAAGAUUGUACUCCCUGUUCACCCAUGACUGCGUGGCCGCGUACGAUUCCAACACCAGCAUUAAGUUUGCCUGCGACACGAAGGUGGAAAGCCUGAUCAACAACAAUGAGACAGCCUACAGUGAGGAGGUCAGAGACCUGGCAGUGUGGUGCCAGGACAACAACCUCCCUCAACGUCAGUAGGACAAAGGAGUUGAUAGUGGACUACAGGAAACAAAGGGUUGUAGUGGAGCAGGUUGACAGCUUCAAGUUCCUCGUGUCCACAUCACUAAGGAAUUAUCAUGGUCCACACACACCAACACAGUCGUGAAGAGGGCAUGACAAUGCCUCUUCCUCCUCAGGAGGCUGAAAAGAUUCGGCAUGGGCCCUCAGAUUCUCAAAGUUCCACAGCUGCACCAUUGAGAGCAUCUUGACUGGCUGCACCACCGCUUGGUAUGGCAACUGCUUGGCUUCCGACCGCAAGGUGCUACAGUGGGUAUUGCGUACGGCCCAGUACAUCACUGGGGCCGUGCUCUUUGCAAUCCAGGACCUCUAUACCAGGCGGGGUCGGAGGAAGGCUAAUGGUUCAUUAUUUAACUACCUGCAUUGACCCUGUUUGCACUAACUCUUUUGACUCAUCACAUACGCUCCUGUUACUUUUUUAGUAUCUAUCCUGUUACCUAGUCACUUUAGCCCUACUUAUAUGUACAUAUCUACCUCAAUUACCUCGUACCCCUGCACAUCGACUAGGUACUAGUACCCCGUGUAUAUAGCCAAGUUAUUGUUACUCAUUGCGUAUUUAUUCUUUAUGUUAUUUUUAUAUUAUAUCUCGUUUUUUCUCUCCGCAUUGUUGGGAAGGGCCCGUAAGUAAGCAUUUCACUGUUAGUCCACACCUGUUGUUUACGAAGCAUGUGACAAAUUUGCGUUUGAUUUGAUCUAUCUGGCACUUCUGAGCUCAUUGCUUUCUAUCCCAUCAUGUCUUGCAUUUCACAGUCACGCUCUCUGUCUCUCUGUUGGCCAGUUUAUCAGUCCGAGCAGAACAGUGAGUCUUGUUGGUCAGUUCAGAGGUUCUUUCCAUCAGCCUGCUGCUCGCCUCUCCUUUUGAUGUUUGUUUCAUUUAGUCGCCACUGUUACAUGUCUGCUGCCUAGCCCCCUUUCCCCCUCACCCUCACUGCAGCAUGCCCCCUCGCCAACACAGAGGAGCCCUUCUCUCACUCCGGCCCAGCCAAGCACUGAUGUCAUCCCUGAAAAAGACCAAUCAACAUUCUUAGACCUCUCUCACUCUUGUCCAAUUUCACUUCCACAUUGAACACAUUGUGUCAACUAAAACACAUCAGCAUGAAUGGGUUUGUGCUUGUAUCAUUUGUGCGUGUGUGUCAGGGUUUCCAUGACCGGGAAGAUUUUUAUUUACCGGCCAUUUGAGAAAUGUACCGUACCCAUAUGCAUUGCAAGUUACAGAAAUAUUUUAAUUGACAAGUAACUCCUAUGCUGUCAAGAUCGCCUCUGAACACUGAAUAUUUUAACUUUACAAAUAGAUAAACAUCUUUAGUUAGCUACCUCCCCCACCUUAGCCAUUUGAUCCCUGGGUCAUUGAAUGAGGGAAUUAUUUCAUAAGUAUUCGGUUGGAAUUGUAAUGUUGCAGAGUGGCCAACCCUCAUCCAGGAGAGCUACUGGGUGUGCAGGCUUUUGCUCCAGCCCUGCUCGAAAACGCCACAUUGUAAAACAUCAGCUGCUCAACAGGACCUUGAUAAGCUGACUGCUGUGUUUUGAGCAGAGUUGGAUCAAAGGUCUGCACACCCAGUAACUCUCCAGAUGGAAGGUUGACGGGCCAUGUGUUUUAUACAGUAGCCUAUCAGUGCAGUAUUUUACUUUGUGGAGGGUUAUACCAGUGAUAAUAAUUAAUGUUAUUUUGUGAAGUGGUUCCUUGUACAAUUUUCAGUGACAUUUUUGGCCCAUGGUGAAAUACCUUUUUUUGGGGGUGGGGGGUGGAAUUGACUUGAGCUUUUGGACAAGUGAAAAAUCAGUCCUACUUGUCUAAAUGAACAAGUGGCUAAAAAAGUUGUCAAGCCCUGGGCUUGCUAAUAUGACUAGGAUUGUGCCUUUUGCUUCUGGACAACGAAAGAAAGUUGAUAUGAAAACCAAUAGAACACGAGAGAAAUGGCAUAGCGUUGGGUCCAAUAGGGAAGUAAAUGGAAAUAAAUUAUAUUACUCCUGUCUAUACAGAAAGAAAGAAAAUAAUUCACAAUACUUCACCAAAAAGCAUGACAUGGCCACAGAGGAGACGAGGAUCAUUAGCUUAUUUUUAAAAAAUUGCUGUGGAUUGUUUCAAACCACAAGCUCGUAGGUCUAUGCCUAUUUGGGAAGCCUGCAAUUUGGGCAGCGCAUAGAGGCCUAGCUGAUAAUUGAGUUGCGGCUGUUGGUGAAAAGCAUUUAAAAUAUGUGUGAAGAUAAUGUGUCUAGAGUAUGAUUUAAAAUUGAGACAAGAAGGGGAGGGGCGUGUGUGCCGUAGAUAUAGGCGAGUCUCUCCAGAAUGGCUCAGCUAUCUCCAUCCAAUUCUUGCACAUUCAUUGUGUGAAUUGUUUGCCCUUUUGAUUUUUUUUUAUAAAUUCCCAAUUACAUACACUACCGUUCAAAAGUUUGGGUCACUUAGAAAUGUCCUUGUUUUCUAAUGAAAAGCAAUUUUGUUGUCCAUUAAAAUAACAUCAAAUUGAUCAGAAAUACAGUGUAGACAUUGUUAAAAUUGUAAAUGGCUAUUGUAGCUGGAAACGGCUGAUUUUUAAAAAGAAUGGAAUAUCUACAUAGGCGUACAGAGGCCCAUUAUCAGCAACCAUCAGUCCUGUGUUCCAAUGGCACGUUGUGUUUGCUAAUCCAAGUUUAUAAUUUUAAAAGGCUAAUUGAUCAUUAGAAACCCCUUUUUGCAAUUAUGUUAGCACAGCUGAAAACUGUUGUGCUGAUUUAAAGAAGCAAUAAAACUGGCCUUCUUGAGACUAGUUGUGUGUCUGGAGCAUCAGCAAUUGUGGGUUUGAUUACAGGCUCAAAAUGGCCAGAAACAAAGAACUUUCUUCUGAAACUCGUCAGUCUAUUCUUGUUCUGAGAAAUGAAGGCUAUUCAAUGCGAGAAAUUGCCAAGAAACUGAAGAUCUCGUACAACGCUGUGUACUACUCCCAGCGCAAACUGGUUUGAGAAACAAACGCCUCACAGGUCCUCAACUGGCAGCUUCAUUAAAUAGUACCCGCAAAACACCAGUCUCAACGUCAAUAGUGUAGAGGCGACUCCGGGAUGCUGACCUUCUAGGCAGAGUUGCAAAGAAAAAGCCAUAUCUCAGACUGGCCAAUAAAAUAUUAAGAUGGACAGUCUGAGAUAUGGCUUUUUCUUUGCAACUCUGCCUAGAAGGUCAGCAUCCCAGAGUCGCCUCUUCACUGUUGACGUUGAGACUGGUGUUUUGCGGGUACUAUUUAAUGAAGCUGCCAUUUGAGGACCUGUGAGGUAAUAGUUUCUAGGUCAAACCGUUCGGAUGCUACAGAUGUUUUCGUGAGAAGACCGAUUUUUCGGGAUGUCUCCAUGGUCUGACAAACACCGCUCUAGCUCUACCAUUUACUGUUCUCAUUCUCGGAGUGGAAACAUUGUGUGCAGAGUUCACAACCUGCUACCCUUGUGAGAAACAAGUUUUGGUUUAUAACCAUAAUUGACGAGAUCUGUAAAAAAAAAAUCAUUGUUCGGAGUGCUCCAUGUGAGCAAUAAGUAGGUCUGGUUUCCCUGUCCUGAUAAUGUUGAAGGAGCGCGCACGCAUAGAGGUACCUGGCCUGCUGCGCGCAAAUGUAGGAGUGUUUUUAACAUCCAUUGCGAAUUAUAAUAUAUAAAAAAUAUAGUUCCUCAGGGUAAGUUAUUUGUAAAAUCUUGGCAAAAAUCUCCCGCUCGAUAAUCACCAAUCCUCAGUGUGAAAGCGCAAUGGAAGUUAGUCUCACUGCUGCAUUGGCCUAUAGGCUAUGAGUUCCACAUGCUAAUUUCUUUAGCCGGCAAUGGAUCAGUGUAUCAAUGUAAUAAUAAUAUAAUUCAGAUUUUUAUGAUUAACCACAUGAAACGAAAACAACAUUAUUGAAAUGAAACAAAAAUGCAUGUAUGAAAAUCAUAACUCGCACGCAGAACAGUAGAAAUGGUAGGAUAAAUUGUAAGCUUCCCCAAACUUUAAACUCACACGCACCGCCAAUGAAGUCUUCAUAAAAUAAUUGCCUCCACGUUUCCAUGCUCGGAUUUUGCCUAUAGGCUACCUUGAAACAAGGUAAGACAUGCCUCAUAAUAUGAAAUAAAACAUUCAGGAUUCAAACAAUGAAGUAUGUUUUCAAAAUGCAUACUGCCUCCAGCUCACAUUGUAAAGUGGUGGGUGACGCGCUGAUAUAGCCUGUUGCCUGCACUUGAAUGGUGAAUGGGAGACGCACUUCAAUUACCAGUUGAAAAAUGAAAAGUCGCUAUUUUUAAUCGUGCACCAAAAGUCUUUAAGAAUUGUUGCACAAUGAAUGGGCUUAUAAAAGCACGUGUUUUACUCCAAGAGCAACCAGCUGAAGAGUUGCAGGAGAAAUCCCGUUCAAAAUAGGCUCUGUAUGCUGUGCGCGUGUGGUAGUUGUGUUGGAUGAAUAAGAUGUAUUUUGACAAAUACACACUGGGCAAUUUUAAUUUCACUAAAUUAUGCAAAUUAACCUAUAGACCGAUAAGCAUGACGGUGAAAUGUAUUUUAUUAUAUUAUCGGCUUUUAAUUUAUUUUUUGGGGGGUGGGGCGCAAAAGCCGGCUAACGGAAACCUGCGUGUGUGUAAUGUAUCGGUGUGUUGGGAGCCAGCAGCAGUCUUUUUUUGAUUUUAUAUAUUAUACAGUGGGGAGAACAAGUAUUUGAUACACUGCCGAUUUUGCAGGUUUUCCUACUUACAAAGCAUGUAGAGGUCAGUAAUUUUAAUCAUAGGUAAACUUCAACUGUGAGAGACGGAAUCUAAAACAAAAAUCCAGAAAAUCACAUUGUAUGAUUUUUAAGUAAUUCAUUUGCAUUUUAUUGCAUGACAUAAGUAUUUGAUCACCUACCAACCAGUAAGAAUUCCGGCUCUCACAGACCUGUUAGCUUUUCUUUAAGAAGCCCUCCUGUUCUCCACUCAUUACCUGUAUUAACUGCACCUGUUUGAACUCGUUACCUGUAUAAAAGACACCUGUCCACACACUCAAUCAAACAGACUCCAACCUCUCCACAAUGGUCAAGACCAGAGAGCUGUGUAAGGACAUCCGGGAUAAAAUUGUAGACCUGCACAAGGCUGGGAUGGGCUACAGGACAAUAGGCAAGCAGCUUGGUGAGAAGGCAACAACUGUUGGCGCAAUUAUUAGAAAAUGGAAGAAGUUCAAGAUGACGGUCAAUCACCUUCGGUCUAGGGCUCCAUGCAAGAUCUCACCUCGUGGGGCAUCAAUGAUCAUGAGGAAGGUGAGGGAUCAGCCCAGAACUACACGGCUGGACCUGGUCAAUGACCUGAAGAGAGCUGGGACCACAGUCUCAAAGAAAACCAUUAGUAACACACUAUGCCGUCAUGGAUUAAAAUCCUGCAGCGCGCGCAAGGUCCCCCUGCUCAAGCCAGCGCAUGUCCAGGCCCGUCUGAAGUUUGCCAAUGACCAUCUGGAUGAUCCAGAGGAGGAAUAAGAGAAGGUCAUGUGGUCUGAUGAGACAAAAAUAGAGCUUUUUGGUCUAAACUCCACUCGCCGUGUUUGGAGGAAGAAGAAGGAUGAGUACAACCCCAAGAACACCAUCCCAACCGUGAAGCAUGGAGGUGGAACCAUCAUUCUUUGGGGAUGCUUUUCUGCAAAGGAGACAGGACGACUGCACCGUAUUGAGGGGAGAAUGGAUGGGGCCAUGUAUCGCGAGAUCUUGGCCAACAUCCUCCUUCCCUCAGUAAGAGCAUUGAAGAUGGGUCGUGGCUGGGUCUUCCAGCAUGACAACGACCCGAAACACACAGCCAGGGCAACUAAGGAGUGGCUCCGUAGGAAGCAUCUCAAGGUCCUGGAGUGGCCUAGCGAGUCUCCAGACCUGAACCCAAUAGAAAAUCUUUGGAGGGAGCUGAAAGUCCGUAUUGCCCAGCGACAGCCCCGAAACCUGAAGGAUCUGAAGAAGGUCUGUAUGGAGGAGUGGGCCAAAAUCCCUGCUGCAGUGUGUGCAAACCUGGUCAAGACCUACAGGAAACGUAUGAUCUCUGUAAUUGCAAACAAAGAUUUCUGUACCAAAUAUUAAGUUCUGCUAUUCUGAUGUAUCAAAUACUUAUGUCAUGCAAUAAAAUGCAAAUUAAUUACUUAAAUCAUACAAUGUGAUUUUCUGGAGUUUUGUUUUAGAUUCCGUCUCUCACAGUGGAAGUGUACCUAUGAUAAAAUUACAGACCUCUACAUGCUUUGUAAGUAGGAAAACCUGCAAAAUCGGCAGUGUAUCAAAUAGUUGUUCUCCCCACUGUAUAGGUCUAAGCCUAUACUGUAUUUAUAUUUUAAUACAGUCAUCUCGGUUUUCAUUUGAAGCAUCUUUUAUAUCCUUCGCUUGUUCGUAACAAUUGCAAAGGAAUUGGCAACUUUGUAUUUGUUGUCCCAUUCGUUCUGAAAUUAUCAGCGGUCACAGAAAGACAGAUAAACAUCUUGAUUUUGUGUUUUAGCAGAGAUCUUCUGUGUAUAAAGUGAUGCGGAAAGGCAAAAAAGCAUCUAACGACGCAAUUUAACGAUGCUCCAACUAGGCUUUGGCGGGGUAUUUGGAAAAAGCCACAGGAUGCUCUUUCAAUUACGUCAUUACUGUCACAACUAAUUUUUUCAAUAAAUUUGAAUAUUUGUAGCUACUUUAAGUUAUUACCUGCAGUCAACUUGUGUAAUACCUUAGGAGAUAAAGCAGAUUGCUUCUUCAUUUCACUUGUCACAUUAUUUAAAAUUAUGAUCUUACCGUAGUUCCCCAGAACAGUUGAGCCAGUCACGUGCUUGUUUGUAAAUAGCACAAAGGGAGAAGGCGAGCUGGUGAGUCCAUAGCGUUCUAUAUUUAUCGACGAGUCUCUGUUGUGCGGCGCACAUGAGAUGAUGAACUUAAACUUGUAUGCAAUUCACUACUAAAUGUUUGCCAUCAUAUAUCUUAUAAUGGCUUUCUGCCAGAAGUCAAAGAGCUUUGGAUGAGUUAUCUGUACAGCUGCCAUUUUUUUCCUGUGCUUCCUUAUGGUGUUUUUUUUCUCCUCUGUUCUUCUCCCAUCUGCUCCGUGUACACGUGCUGCUCUUCUUUCAGAAAAGCAUGCAUCACAACUUUGUUCACUUGCACAAUUUUUCUCGUUCACUUUCUCUUGUAAAUGACCACACUCGCUGAAAAUGACAUUUGGUAGCUACUAGCUAUGCUUGUAUAACUUUAUGAGCUGGAUUUGCCUGUCUUUGCAAUUAGUUUAGGUUAGUUUUCACUCGUUAGCAUUUAGCUAUGUGAUUUCGCUAUUAGUUUGUGCUAGUUCUGCAGUCUGGUAAGAGGCCCAAUGGGCUUUUCUUGCAUUUUUAGCGCCCCCUUUUGUGCUAUACCGGUAAUGCCGUAAAUCCCGGUAUGAAAGAAGGACGGUAUGACAAUAUGAAAAUCUGUAUACCGCUCAAGCCUAGCUCCUACGAAGGUUUUAAUGAUGAAUUUAGCCUUAAGAUGGGCCCUGUUCUGAUCUGUCUCCAGCUCUUUUAAUCAGAUGGUCUGGUCACAGGGGCGAGGCUGUGAUCGAUACACCUCCUAAUAGGACAUCAACACCAACAGGAAAGACUGCUGACAACACUGCCCUACCCUGGUCUGCCUGCUGCAGAGGAGGGAAGGAGGGAUGGCGGGAGAGGAAGAGGAAGGUGGACUGUGGAAAAAAGAGAAUGGGAGAGAGGAUAGAGAAUGCAUCCAUACUGGGUAAAAUACAGAUGGAGGAAGUGAAGAGAACGAUGAGAGAAAUAGAUCGAAAGGAAGAAAAGAGGGGGAAUGAGCAAUGUAGGAGGGAUGUAUGACGACGGGGGUGUGCGAGGGCAGGCUGUGAGUCUGGGACAGACCGAGGGGCUGAGAGCAGCUGUACUGCAGUGCAGAAUACUGUUGUCACGAUACCAAUUUUUAGGCGUAUUAGCCAAAGUCACAGAAUGGCACUUGAUCCAAACAGAUCUUUUGAGUUCAAGAGACAGCCAUGUAUGCGUUAAUGAAUCCAUUAUGCAAUCAUACAAUCAAUUUGACUUUGGUAAAAACAAUCUAACUACAUAACAACAUAAUGGUAAUAAUUUAUUUGAAUGGUAAAUCGCAUGAUAAACUGGCUCUUUAAAUGUAUUCAUAAUCUUCAUUUAAAAGGUUUUGGCUGCCCUUCUUUUCAACACACGUAAUUCUACAUUUCAAAGGAAAAAUGAUCUCAGCUGGGAUUUGAACUUGCCGCAAAUGGCUAAAAUAACCAGGUGCCAGGUGUGAGCUAGCUUAAUCGUCCAAUUUGAAAAUUGGUGCGUGUUGUAGUAUCUUUGAUUAGCAGACGGUGCCAUAGAAUUGCUGUUAAGGAGGCUGUCAUGGAAAAGUGUUCUAUCACGUCCAACUACGUCAACAAUUUUAAUUGGCUGAUAUGGAAUUUGAACCGGUUAUAAUCACGGCCACCUGGUGAGGAUGGCAUAGGGCUAAAUGGGCCAGGUUAUGGAAUGGGAAUGGCUAACAUGUAGCCUUUGAUCACGUACAACUACGUCUACGAUUUUAAUUGGCUGAUGCUUAAAGGGUUUUAUGGAGAUUUUGUCUUGUCUGUGUUUUCUUUCUCAUGCGUGCACUCUCUCCUCUGACACUGUCUGUGUGUGAUUUGUGCUUCCACUGCACCAACUGAUUUUGUCUGAGGCAAUAGUCAUGGUGUAAAAAUGUGUCACUGAUCUCUCGGCUCAUUCAGGUGGCAUGUCACUAGGGACACGGUGGCAGGACAGCUUGCCAUGUCAAAAUGGGCUCGGUGCUAAAUGGUACAGCAAAGAGACUGUAACAGUAAGGCUACCCUAACGGCAGCCUAAAGAAAAGGAAACCAAAAAGGUCUAGGUCUAUUUCAAGAUCAGGUUGUAAGCCUGGUUGUAGACCUACCAGUAUUAUUGAUAGAAUGCCAAAUGGGUUCUCUUUAUUGAGAAUACAUUGUGUGUAGUGGACUUGUGAUCUCCAGUCUGAUGAUGUCUUUGGUACAUGAAAUGGGAUAAGGGAGGGGUUUGGCGUGUGUGGGAGCUGCUGAUCUGGCAACCCUGUUCUCAAUCUUCUCCACCCUGCAAAAGGUGCAGAGAUGAGGCAAGAACAGUGUAACCAAACACCCACACGCCAGCUGAAAAUGACACUCUGGCUUUCUCUUGCCCUGUCUCUCUCCAUGACAAAAGGGAUAUGGUGUUUCAUCAUGUGCCCUUCAUCCCUUUGUGUCCCAGAGAUGCCAGGUGUUCUGUGCAGCCUGUUUGUCUUUGGUGAAAAGAAAGUAAAGUACAACAAUUUUGUUGCAGCCUUUCUCUCUGUUAGGCUCCAACAUGGCUGCUCACUAUAAACUCGGUCUGAUUCACCGACCUGAGACUUUGAGUUUAUGAUGGUAAUGAUGACCCUUUUGGUUUCUGUCAGUGAUCCUCAACCUGAGGCCCUCUCUUUCUCGCCCCCUGCAGGCCAAGUCGUGUGUCUGUCACAUGUGCGGUGCCCACCUGAACCGGCUCCACUCCUGCCUGUCCUGUGUCUUCUUUGGCUGCUUCACCAAGAAACACAUCCACGAGCACGCCAAAAACAAACGACACAACCUAGGUAAGACCAGCGCGUUCACACACACGAGCACAACAAACGACAAGGGACACAACCCCGCUUGAGAUCAUCACAGCAAACUGCUCACUGUCCUAUCAGGUUGGGUGGUGCUGUAGUGUAGCUCUCCUCUUCUCAUAUGGACCACAGUCCCCACCAGCUCUACUCUGCCCUCACAGAGGAGAAGCCAUAGAAUAGUGAUGUGCCAUACUGGUCAUCCUAUACGUAAAUUGAUAGUCGGAUCAGAUGAUACUCGUGAUUGGAAAAGUGUUUUAAUAUGCCUAAGUAGAUAUUGGCAAAAUACCUCCCUGCACAUUCUCACUGAAAAAAAACUGCAGAUUAGGAUCAGCGCACAGAGGUUUGCCUGAACUUGCAGCGGGCAGCCAAGUUUCAUCUUUUUUUCCAUACCCUUGCCCCGCUUGGUAGAUAUUAUGCACAUUGAUAGCUUGAUAGCAAACGUCCUUGCCGUGUGAUUUAUUAUAGUAGCAGGCAGCAGCAAUCUAAAUGAUCAGACCAAAAAACAGUGGACGGAGAAAUACAGUUUCACUUUAUCCAAUCAGAGCAGCAGGCUCAACGUACAGCCCGCCCUUCUCUUUACAGACAGCCAGAUGAGUUAUUUAGACCAUGUAGAACCUCGCACAUGACUGACUGACAUGAGAAAGAUGUGUGUUGGCACCCGAUUUUAUAUUUUUUAUCACGGAUAAUUACUAAAAAUACUCGGAUCAUAAUCGUAUCCACAAAAUUCCCCAUAUCCGUUACAAUACUCGUUUUGUCCGACUACUCGGCACACCCCUACCAUAGAACAUCUGCUCUGCUCCUCUACCUCAGUCUUACUCCAUUCACAUUCAACACAUCAGACCUGUACAGCACCACUCCGCCACCUGCCAGGUCUCCCACCCACACCCCUGAAACAUUAGACUCCUAAUUAACCCCCUCCGCUUAACUAGGGAGGCAUCCGCUGCCCCCAUUCAGCCUCCAAUCACACACUGGGCCCAAACAAAGACUGCUAAGUAGCAAAUUAUACUGUUGAGGAGGGUAAUAAGCACCCAGUUAAUAAAAAUGUGUGUCCUUUUGUUCUGCUCUAGGGAAAGCACUGCUUUUUUAUGGUGGCAGAACCCCAAAUGAGCCCAUGACAAGCAGAACAUGUCAACAAACCUUAUUGUGUUGUUAUCAGUGCUGUUGUUACUUCCACCUCACAGUACCACAUCAGAGAUGGAGCUGAUGGUGACAUAAAUCACCAACUCGUUAUGCAACAUAAUCGCAACACAGUGCAACACGCCAGGAUUGAUGCCCCAGGGGCUAUUGAAUGUCACCUGUGUAUUUGGCCACACAUAGGCACUAGGCACCAAUGGGUUGCUGAUUCUCUGCCUGAGCAGCUCAGUGCAUUGCAGCCUGGGUCUAUUAGCAUAUUGGCCAUAGAUAGAUUUACGCUACAGCGGUAGGAGAAGAAAAUAAGGACAGAUCUCACUAGACAAGUGUGCAGAGUAAUUAACACAUCUUAAUAAACCCAACAUAAUUCAAUUAAACCAGUUCCUUCUCCUCUUCUGGAUUCUUUUCUUUUCACCUCAUUUUCCAGUUAUUUUUUGGUUUCUUUCUUCCUUUCAGAUAUUUGGUCUGUUCUUCCUCAAUUUGGCUCUUGGUAUUAUGUUUGUCUCCCUGUAUCGGGUUAUUUAUCUUUCUCUCGUCCUUUUUCUGGGUUCCCAUGGUAACCUGCAGGUCUGUGGGUUUAUUUUCGUUUAGUCUUCUCUCAGCAAGUCUCACCUUGUUACGCAACCUCUCUCUCUCUCUCUCUCUCUCUCUCUCUCUCUCUCUCUCUCUCUCUCUCUCUCUCUCUCUCCAGUUCUUAUUGUGCCAUUAACAGUGUGCCUGUCAUUCAAUCUGAGGCCUAAGGCUAGGGUUUUACUUUUCAGUCUCUAUCCUAUUUUAUUGUGCUCGAUUAGGUAAAGUGCCUCCCUUGUUGAUGUGGCAAUCUGCAGGAAAGUUAUAUCUUCACUACAAUGACAGCAUUAUAGGCUGAUGUCCAAUAUCCACGGCAUAUUACAGCUGUAAAACUUGUAGUAUUUGGUUUGGUGUGUGAAUUGAAUCUACAGGCAGACUUGAUGUUCCACUCUUUGCUAUUAGCUGCAGCUUGGUAUUCACCAACACCUGCAGGGCCCAGUGUGACAUUUCAAUACAUUCAGUCACAGCUGGCUCUCCAGUCAACACUAUCUAUCCACAUUAAUACCGUAAUUAAUCAUUUGGGUGAUCAUUUAGACACACACACACACACAACCUGCAUGUCCCUUGCUUUCUCCACAUACACCUGAUGAUCGUUAUGUCUGCCUCAAGCAGCCAAUUGAAUAGGCAUGUUGUCAUGGGAACUGCAAACAGGUAUUGGAGCUAUGGUUGCUGACAAGGUGAGGAGGAUAUGAGGGAUAGAGAGAGGUGCAGCUUUUACCUGGCUCUAUCCUCUUCAUAUCCCUCUGUCUGUGUGAGUACCUACAUGCAUGGUAGCUGACUAGUUGACUGUGAAAGGGGGAUUUUCAGAUGAAAUGGUGGAAAAGAUGUCAACUAUGGCUGAUGAAAUGUUCAAGUGGGGAUGUGUUCACAUUGACUAAUCCCUUUGCACUCCCUCUCACUCCGUAUCUUUUUCUACACCUCGUCAUUACUGUGCUAAGGAUGUUAGCAGAAAGUCAAGAUGUCAGCACACAAGCUGGCCUUGCAGAGGUAGAGAACUAGCUAGCUGCAUACUCUCCUUUCUCCAGGACUAAUCUUGGAAUUGCGUCCCAAAUGGCACCCUUUUCCCUCUAUAGUGCACUGGGCCCUGGUCAGAAGUAGGACACUAUAUAUAGGGAAUAGGGUGCUAUUUGGGACACACCCUAGAGCUACAAAUGAACGGAAUGUUCCAACAUAGCCUUGAGCUGUUUCAUAACUCCUUCUCCUCUCCAUCUAUCAUUUUUCUCUCAUUCAUUCCCAUUCUCUUUGGGUUUUUUUCUUCCAGCUAUAGAUCUAUUGUAUGGAGGGAUAUACUGCUUUGUGUGCCAAGACUACAUAUACGACAAAGAUAUGGAACAGAUUGCCAAAGAGGAACAAAGGAAAGCGUGGAAAUUGCAAGGUAUGUUCUUUCCCCUUUUCAAUCCCCCAGUAUUGCCCUCUGACUUAUACAGUGACCCCUUGGCUAUAGUCACAGAUUUAUGGAGCCAUAGUGCAGUAUAGGGUUGCAUGAUUAAUCAAAUUUUAAAUGGAAUUGUGAUAUUGAUAUGCACAAUAUCCAUAUAACAAGAGGCUGUGAUAUUUAGAAACGCCACUUAGGAGCCUCUUUUUUUUUUUUUUUUUUUUUUUUUUUUAACUACUUUUGAUGUAUUGCUCGAGUUUAGCGUUCUCUCUCUGUCUCUCUUUUGGCAUGUUCCCAAUCCCACACACCAAGCCCCGCCCCCUGUCACUCAAGCAGGCAGUUUCUCAUGCUCAAGAUUCACUCUGCAAUGCAUGCAUUGACCAAACAACAGCAUGCAGUCAACAGGUUUUUCCAAAAAAGAACGACGCGCCUUUCCACUUUGCUUCUUAAUAUAAAUCCACAUGUUCUCUAUAUUAUACUAUUCUUUUUGUGUAACUUGCUCGCUAGUAAGUUGGUUUUUGCAAGCUGCAAAAGUGCCCCAAAAUUUUUUUAUUUGGGAAACUCUCUUUUCACACCACAUCGAUAUCAGGUUAGGAGACUGAGGUUAAGGUUAGGAAAAGGGUUAGUGAAAAUGCUCUCUAACCUGCUACGAAAAUCUCUUAUCGAAGUGGUGUGAAAAGAGUGUCUCAGCUUUAGGGCUGUCCCCGACGACAUUUUCUUUAGGUCAACCAAAGUCUGUUCUUUCAACCAAUCGAUUGGUAGAAAUUUGUAUUUUUCUGUGUUUUAAUAAAAUCAGAAGGUAUUCAGACCCCUUUCUUUUUCUAAAAUGGAUAUUUUUUAAACACCCCCAUGACAAAGCAAAAACACUUUUUUUGACAUUUCUGCUAAUGUAUUACAAAUAAAAAACAGAUACCCUAUUUACAUACGUAUUCAGACCCUUUGCUAUGAGACUCGAAUUUGAGCUCAGGUGCAUCCUGUUUCCAUUGACCAUCCUUGAGAUGUUUCUACAACUUGAUUGGAGUCCACCUGUGGUAAAUUUAAUUGUUUGGAAAUUAUUUGGGAAGGCACACACCUGUCUAUAUAAUGUCCCACAGUUGACAGUGCAUGUCAGAGCAAAAACCAAGCCAUGAGGUAGAAGGCAUUGUCCGUAGAGCUCCGAGAUAAGAUUGUGUCGAGGCACAGAUCUGGGGAAGGGUACCAAAAAAAUUCUGCAGCAUUGAAGGUCCCCAACAACACAGUGGCCUCCAUCAUUCUUAAAUGGAGGAAGUUUGGAACCACCAAGACUCUUCCUAGAGCAAAGUACAGAGAGAUCCUUGAUGAAAACCUGCUCCAGAGCGCUCAGGACCUCAGACUGGGGCAAAGGUUCACCUAAGCACACAGCCAAGACAACGCAGGAGUGGCUUCGGGACAAGUCUCUGAAUGUCCUUGAGUGGCCCAGCCAGAGCCCAGACUUGAACCCGAUCGAACAUCUCUGGAGAGACCUGAAAAUCUCUGAGCAAUGAUGCUCCCCAUCCAACCUGACAGAGCUUGAGAGGAUCUGCAGAGAAGAAUGGGAGAAACUCCCCAAAUACAGGUGUGCCAAGCUUGUAGCGUCAUACCCAAGAAAACCAGAGGCUGUAAUCGCUGCCAAUGGUGCUUCAAUAAAGUACAGAGUAAAGGGUCUGAAUACCUAUGUAAAUGUGGUAUUUCCGUUUAGUUUGUAUUUUUUACAAAAAAUUAAAAAAAUGUGUUUUUGCUUUGUCAUUAUGGGGUAUUAUGUGUAGAUUGAUGAGGAAACAAUUUAAUCCAUUUUAGAAUAAGGCUGUAACGUAACAAAGUGGAAAAACUCAAGAGGUCUGAAUACUUUCCGAAUGCACUGUAUGCAUUGAGCUUGUCUGAUGCUUUAAGCGCACUGUUUGAAAUAAGACACAAACAAGAGGGAGCCAGAGAUCAAGAAAAAAAAACAUACUCGACCAUCCUCCUCCCGAUCCUUCUGGCUUUCGCAGAUUCUGAUGUUACUCUCCUGAAUUUGCCGGUAAUAGGUUACACGAGGAGUCUGCAACCUUUCUGAUGUGGAAUUUCAAUUUAUCUUACCAUUUCUACCGAUCUGCGUGCCAGUUGUGGUUUUCAUAUGCACAUUUUCGUGUAACAUUGUCAUUUCAUUUAUAAUGUCUUCGUAUCUCAAGAUCAUUGUUAUGUGGUUAAUAAAUUUUUUAUCUAAAUAAAAAUGAUACAAACCUAAAAAGUAACUUCUAUUGCCAUUGCCAACUAUGUAAAAAUAGCCCAUAAAGCCAACAAAUAAAAACAUUGCAGCCUGCAGGUAGAAAAUAUCCUGAUUUAAAAAAUAAAAUAAAAAAAAUCCUAUAAAUCACAUUGGCUAUGCAUGGCCUGUCUGCAAUGAACUUGAAACAUUGCAUCAACUAUUAACUUGGGUCUGGCCUGAAGCUCAUGCUAGCAAACUUGCAACAUUGUAUAAAAUAUUCUGGGCCCUCAAAGUUUACAAAGCCAGUGAGCUCGGGACGGACACAGCUGUCGGCUAUUUGCGCAAGGGAUAAGAAGUAAUCAAGUGGGCCUAUUUUAUGACGUUUUUGCCUUUCACACUGAGUGGUUAUCGAAAGGGAGAGAGCUGGGAAGAUUUUUCAUAUAGAUUGAGGAACUGUUGUUCUCAAUGGAUGUGAAAACAGACUUAGUUUGCUUGCUGUUUGAGGUGAAGAAAACAUUACUUUGAGAAGCUCCACACCUCAUUAGUGGUGGUGCGUUAAGCCAAUCAGAAAUACUAUCAGAUCCCCAAAUGGUUACAUUUAAAUGCCUACAUUUGUGCGCAGGCCAGGUAGCCUAUAGGCCUGCUUCUAUGCGUAAUCAGGUACGUGUCCUUACGCAAUAUUGACAAUUACUCAAUUGACAACUCUACAGCAUACAAUGACAUUCUAGACGAUUUUCUGCUUCCAACUUUGUGGCAACAGUUUGGGGAAGGCCCUUUCCUGUUUCAGCAUGACAAUGCCCCAGUGUACAAAGCGAGGUCCAUACAGAAAUGGUUUGUCGAGAUCGGUGUGGAAGAACUUCACUGGCCUGCACAGAGCCCUGACCUCAACCCCAUCGAACACCUUUGGGAUGAAUUGGAACACCGACUGUGAGCCUAAUUGCCCAACAUCAGUGCUCGAACUCACUAAUGCUCUUGUGGCUGAAUGGAAGCAAGUCCCCGCAGCAAUGAUCCAACAUCUAGUGGAAAGCCUUCCCAGAAGAAUGGAGGCUGUAAUAUCAGCAAAGGGGAGACCAACUCCAUAUUAAUGGCCAUGAUAUUGGAAUGAGAUGUUCGACGAGCAGGUGUUCAUAUACUUUUGGUCAUUUAGUGUAUUUAUUUAUUCAUGUCAUUGCUACUGCUCAACCAAACAAUCAACUAGUCGACUAAUUGAGGUCAGCCCUACUCAACUUAAUCCACUGAGCUAGGGCAAAUCUUGCUAGCAAGUAUAUCAAUAUUGUUUGUGCAACAGCUUGUUCUUAAUCAGAGAGGAAAAGGCAAAGAAUAUUCUACCCAUCUUUUUAAAUGUAAUUAGGGUCCCAUGGGAAACACUGACCAACAUUUUGGUUCCUGCUUUGUCACAACAAUCUCCUGCCUUACUUUUUCAUUCGUUGUCAUGCCAAACAAAACUGCAUUCCGAGUGCCCACUGUAUUCCAACCAUGCAAUUAGAAUGAUCAUUCUGUUUCUAUCAUUCCAACAGUUUACCCAAGUGUUAUCUAUAAUCGCAAGUAAAAUCGCAAUAUUUGGUACAGAAAUCGCAAUUAAGAUUUUUGUUGCCCAUAUCGUGCAGCCCUAGUACAUUACUGCAUCUCUGGUAGACACAAUGUAAAACACCCAUAUUGUCUAAGUCCUCCAAGGUCUCUGCUUUGCACUUGUUUUUUAAACGUUUUCUUUCCUGUCGUUUGUGUGUGUCAGGUGUAGGGGAGAAGUAUUCGACGUGGGAGCCCACCAAGCGAGAGCUGGAGCUGCUGCGGCACAAUCCAAAGCGUCGGAAAAUGACGACAAACUGCACCAUCGGUGAGGGCUCCUCCAGUGCCGCACUGGCUGGCUACAGCAAGAGUUGUCUUGUGCCUGGUGUGAAAACAAACCAUAGUCCCUUAUCCUAGCUCCUUACCCUGCCUAGCCCCUACCCUCUCCCCUUUCUGUGUUUCCAAAUCUGAAGAAACCCAAUAAUGGGAUAAGCAAUAUGACAGAAGGGAGUUGUAAGGCUUGGUGGAGCCAUUGCCAUUUUGAACACGCUAUAUUGGUCCAUUAAGGCCCGCAAACACAGAAGUGUUAGGGGAAGGGACUAGGGCUAACACAACUCUGGUCUGCUUCUCUCUAUAUGGGUGUAGUUAAUUCCCAAGAGGUUCAGUGUGAUUACAGCAGCUGCAGUACAGACUGUGAUGUCUGGAGUAUGUGGGUAGAUAGAACCCCCAGUCUCUCAUUAAUCUCAUUGCAGACUCUCCUGUUGGCUAUGUCUGAAAAAGUGUGUGUGUGUGUCCAUGUGUGUGCACAGUAGUAGUAUGUUAUUGAUCAGGGAUUUAGAAAGUGCUGUCCAGUGGAGAAAUAAGACAUUCCUCUCCUUCUCUCUCAUUCUCACCCCUCCCCCUCCACACAGCUAUGGAGCAGCUCAGACAGGGUUGGAGAAUGAAUGGUGUUAAACCACAUCGCAGCAGUCUACUGCUAGGUGCUAAACAUUCACGGUUUCUCUCUCGCGCUCUCAAAUCUCAAUUUGUAUUUUUGUCAAGGUGCCCUGUACCGUGUCUAAUGGUGCCCUGUGGGGGGUGUUUUCGUAUCCAGAAGGCAGCAACCUCCUCGCUCUCUGACAGGUGCUCACAGCCGGAGCUGCUUGUCUCUCCAUUCCUUUUCUGUUUAGUUAAAUACUAAACUCAGGAUUCUAGGGUGAGCAGCUGGUCAGAAGCAACAUGUUUUUUUAAAUAUGUCAUUGUGUAUUUGUUGUAAAUGUUUUCGUGGCAGUUGUGUAAAAAGUAAAUAGUUGGAAGAGUUCAUUGGAAAUAAUGCCAUUGUUGAGUAGAUGCUAUUUUCUCUUGAACCAUAUGGUCUAUCUACUAGGAACUCAUGGACAACAUGGAUUGCAGUAUAAACAAUAUAUACUGUAUAUAUGAAUCAUUUUAUAAAAGGUUAUACAAAAAUAUAUAAAAAUGUCACAUGCUUCGUAAACAACAGGUGUAGGCUAUUAGUGAAAUGCUUACUUACGGGUCCUUUCCAACAAUGCAGAGUUAAAGAUGAACAAAAAAAUUAAUAAUGAAAUUGUGACAUGAGGAAUAAACGCACAGUGAAUAAAGAAUAACGAGUAAAAAAUAACAUGGCUAUAUACAGGGAGUACCAGUACCGAGUCGAUGUGCAGGGGUACAAGGUCAUUGAGGUAGCUAUGUACAUAAAGGUAGGGGUAAAGUGACUAGGCAACAGGAUAGAUAAUAGACAGUAGCAGCAGCAGCAUAUGUGGUGAGUGUGAAAGUGCAUGUGGCGUCAGUAUGCAUGUGUGCGCGUGUUUUGUAUGCGUGUUGGGGUGUCAGUCUAAGUAUGUGUGGGUAGAGUCCAUUGUGUGUGCAUAGUCAUUCAGUGCAAAAGUUAAUACAAAGAAGGGUCAAUGCAGCUAGUCCGGGUAGCCAUUUGAUGAGCUAUUUAGCAGUCUUAUGGCUUGGGGGUAGAAGCUGUUAAGGGUCCUGUUGGUUCCAGACUUGGUGCACUGACAUCGCAUGUCAUGUGGUAGCAGAGAGAACAGUAUGACUUUGGUGGCUGGAGUCUUUGACAAUUUUGUGGGCCUUCCAAUGACACAAGCUGCUAUAGAGGUUGUGGAUGACAGGGAGCUCGGCCCUAGUGAUGGGCAAUACUCACCACCCUCUGUAGCGCCUUGCGCUGUGUGGGUGGGUGUGUGUGUGGGCCGUGUUUAUUCCUUAGUGAUGUGGACACCAAGGAACUUGAAGCUCUCAACCUGCUCCAUUACAGCCCCAUCGAUGUGGAUGGGGGCGUGCUCGCCCCUCUGUUUCCUGUAGUCCAUGAUCAGCUCCUUUUGUCUUGCUGACGUUGAGGGAGAGGUUGUUGUCCUGGCACCACACUGCCAGGUCUCUGACUUCUUCCCUAUAGGCUGCCUCAUUGUCGUCGUUGAUCAGUCCUACCACCGUCGUGUCGUCAGCGAACUUGAUGGUGUUGAAGUCAUACGUGGCCACGCAGUAGUGUGUAAACAGGGAAAACAGGAGGGGACUAAGCACACACCCCUGAGGGGCCCCCGUGUUGAUGGUCAGCAUGGCGGAUGUGUUGUUGCCUACCCUCACCACCUGGGGGCGUUCCGUCAGGAAGUCUAGGAUCCAGUUGCAGAGGGAGGUGGUCAGUCCCAGGGUUCUGAGCUUGUGAUGAGCUUGGAGAGGGGACUAUGGUGUUAAAUGAUGAGCAGUAGUCAAUUAACAACAUUCUUACCUUGGGUAUUCCUUUUGUCCAGGUGGGUGAGGGCAGUGUAGAGUGCCAUAGAGAUUGCGUCAUCUGUGCAUCUGUUGGGGUGGUAUGCGAAUUGGAGUGGGUCCAGGGUGUCUGGGAUGAUGGUGUUGAUGUGAGCCAUGACCAGUCUUUCAAAGCAUUUCAUGGCUAGAGAUGUGUGUGCUACGGGGCAGGUUACCUUGGCGUUCUUGGGCACGGGGACUAUUAUUCAAGUAUAAAUUACCAAAGUUACAAUAGAUUGAAAUUACCGGUAGCUUUGCAUGCAACCCUACCUGUCAGGGUAUCCCAGCUCUGUGGGUCUUACCCUGUUGUCCUCCUGACAGUGUGGGGCUGCUGUGUUCACUCCAACCUCCGUCUAGGGACCACUGUGACCAUCUGUUACAGCCUUGGCUCCACUGGUUCUCAUUUACUGUAGUGGUUUUGGAACUGGAAAUAAUAUUCAAGAUUGGUAUGAUCUCUGUGUUUCUACAUCUCUCUCCCUCCCUCCCUCUCUCUCUCAAGCUCUUUCCCCCCCCCCCCCAUUUACUUGUCUGUUCCUUUUUCUCUCCAUCUCCUGCCUCCUGCUUCUCUCUCUGUUGCUCUUCCCCUCUCUACCUCUAAACCUCCCCUCUCUCCCUCAGGUCUUCGAGGUCUGAUCAAUCUGGGCAACACGUGUUUUAUGAACUGUAUCGUCCAGGCUCUCACCCACACACCCCUGCUGCGGGACUUCUUCCUGUCCGACAGACACAAGUGUGAAAUGCAGUCCAACUCCUGUCUGGUGUGUGAGAUGUCCCAGCUCUUUCAAGAGGUAAGGGGUUAAACAUAUAUUUCUCUCUUUCAGGCUCACACCUCCUCCAUUCUCCUCCCUCUUUGUUUCUCAGCCCACCUCUACUGCUGUCUAGCACUCUUCUUCUAAAUCUUUCAUCUCAGCCCAAAACGAUCUUCUUUUUCUCUUCCUCUAAAACCAUUAUUGUGGAAAGUACUUAGCUAGCUAAGUCAUUGUCACAUUGAGUCCGUACGUGGUGGGAUUUGCAUGGUUUAAGGCCCUGUUUCAUCCCGCCCCUUCGCCAACCCUUAUUCUCUCUUAUCCUUCUUUUUCUUUUCCCUCGCCUCACUUUCUUUCUCCCUCUCCAUUCCCCCGCUCCUUCUCCCCUCCCAUUUUUAACAUUUCCGUUCUUUCUUCCUCUCUCUCUCUCUGUCAGUUCUACUCGGGCCACCGUUCGCCCCACAUUCCCUUCCGACUGCUGCACCUGGUGUGGACUCACGCGCGCCACCUAGCAGGCUACGAGCAGCAGGAUGCCCACGAGUUCCUCAUCGCUGCCCUGGACGUGUUGCACCGCCACUGCAAAGGUCUGCAUCAUAGUACAGGAGCAUACACACACACACACUACAUUAUAAGACCUACCUUUUUAUAUAUAGUGGCAGACACCCUAAAAUUACACAGCCUUUCACCCACGUACAUGUACACACACAUACUUGUACAGACAAUCCGAUUGUAGAAAGCAAUACUGCUCUACUCGAAUGGCACCCACACUCUGUACUUCUGCUACGAUCAAACGAUUGGAGGAAAAGUAGGAAUAUGAGAAAGGAAGAGGACAGCGAGUGGGGGAGAAUGAACUAGAGAGGAGGAGAGUGAAGGAACUGGCUGGUCUGCUAUCUGACUGCCUGGAUGUGCUGAGAUGAGAGGCUGCUAAUUGACACAGACAAAGAGCCUCUUUACAUAAGUGCUGAUUGUGUUUGCUUGGCUGUGUCCUCCUCCAACAUCCCUCAUUUUCUCACUCUUUCUCUCGAUCUGUCUUUCUCUGAUACUGUGGGUGGGGGGGUGGGGGGGGUUCUGCGGCAGUCGACAAGCUUUAAUUCUCAAUCGUGUGUAUGUUUGUCCCUGUGCUCUCCAUGUUCACCAAGGAGAUGAUAACGGGAAGAAGGCCAACAACCCCAAUAACUGCAACUGCAUCAUCGACCAAAUCUUCACUGGGGGCCUGCAGUCUGACGUCACCUGUCAAGUCUGCCAGUAUGCUCCUCUCUCUUUCUCUCUCUGUGUGUGUGUGUGUGUGUGUGUGUGUGUGUGUGUGUGCUUGUCAGCAGUGUGAAAGUUAUUUUUCCUCUACAUCUUUAUGUUUCACCCUUACUGUGUGUGUGUGUGUACUCUUGUUGCAUCAUGUUGAUCAGGCUUCAAACCAACACUUUUUUUACAUCACUCACUCAUCCCUGAUCUGACCCCUUCUCCUCUGCAGGGAGUCAGGGAGAGUGGGACUGAUUUUUGAACACACACACCACCCACUGCUCCACUCCCAUUGCUUUAGCAGCCAGGCCCCCUACUGGCCAGUGUAGGCUCUGACAUAGUGUUCUACCCACAUCUGGGGGACACAUGGAUCAUUGCACAAUAUUUACUCAUUCACAAAGAAUCAGUGAUUUCAUUUUGAGUUUGCAACCCUGAUUGAGAAGCAUUAGUGCAAUUUUUUUUUUGAUUUGUAUAGACGGAUUGGUUGUUUAGCAACAAAACCGACGUGUGCGCAACUAUGGGGCAAAACAGACAGGGUUGGCUUAGAUUGUUGACAUGUAAAAUAUAUUUAGUCUCCAAUGUUUAUUAAAAACAUAAAUUUGCACAAUGAGCACUUGUUGUCUCUCAAAUACAUCGUUAAAGUUGUUGGUUAGCUAACUAGGUAAUUUUAGCCAUAUUAGCAUUGGCAUGAAAUCAGUCAAAAUACCUCAAAACAAGACAUCUUAUCAAGAAGAUGAAACUAGCUGAAACGAGUCACUUACGAUUGCCCACAUCGCAGUUUCUUGACAUUGUUGGUAGCCAUCCCAAAUCACUUACAGGACUCAGACUUCUACCCCAUUGAAGCGUGCGUGUCGUUGUCAGCUAACACGUCUAAAUAUACACUCGCAUGCAAACUAACAUUGUCAAAGUGUUGUUACUGUGACUACUUAGGUAGCCUAGCGGUUAAGAGGUUUAGGUCAGUAACUGAAAGGUCGCUGGUUCUAAUCCCCGAGCCAACUAGGUGAAAAAUCUGUUUGUGUCCUUGAGCAAGGCACUUAACCAUAAUUGGUCCUGUAAGUAACUCUGGAUAAGAGCGUCUGCUAAAUGACUAAAAUGUACUUAUAUGGUGGGGGUCAUAAGAUGGUUUUAAUAGGCUUUGGGUCAGUCAAAGCCCAAACGUUACAGGGCCAUUCCCUAACAGACCCCUCCCCUCUCGUCCUGUAGUGGUGUUUCCACGACGAUAGACCCAUUCUGGGACAUCAGUCUGGACCUGCCGGGGUCGUCCACGCCCUUCUGGCCCCUCAGCCCCGGGGGGGACGGCAGCACACUCAACGGAGAGAGCCACCUCUCAGGGGCCACCACACUCACAGACUGUCUACGCAGGUAUCUCAUCACUCUAUCCCUCUCUCCACCUGUCAGGGGCCACCACACUUACUGAUUGUCUAGGCAGGUACUACUCAUCCCUUUAUCUUCAUCACUAUCCCUUUCGCUGUUGCUCUCUUUCUCUCUCCCGCUCUCCGUCUAUCAGCGGCCAUCACUCUCACUUUGUCUAUGCAGGUAAUCAUCCCUCUGGCUAUUUCCUUCCACUUCCACUCAUCGCUUUAACCUUCUCUGUAUCUCUCUAUUCGGCUGUCCAUCUUUCUACCAUGCAGACACACUCACACACGCACGCACGGAGUGUGUUCUUACCCUUGUCCGUCUUCUGCAGGUUUACCCGACCAGAGCACUUAGGGAGCGGCGCCAAGAUCAAGUGUAGCGGUUGCCAUAGUUACCAGGAGUCCACCAAACAGCUGACCAUGAAGAAGCUCCCCAUUGUGGCGUGUUUCCACCUCAAAGUGAGUGUGUUUUCUCUGUAUUUGUGUAAAAAAAAUAGAACUUUAGUACGUCCUACCACUGUAAUAUCUCUUAACCGCUCCCUUUGUCUCGUACUCCACUCUUGCUCUCCUCUGUCUCUCUCUCUCUCCAGCGGUUUGAACACUCUGCGAAGUUGCGGAGGAAGAUCAUUACGUACGUCUCGUUCCCCUUAGAGCUGGAUAUGACUCCCUUCAUGGCCUCCAGGUCAGUCUGAACAAUGAGCCAGUCACACAGUGGAGGAGACCAGGGCUGCAUCUCAAUAGUCUGAAGUCCCUUCCUUUAUUCAUAUUAUCCUUCUUCUGCACUGAUCUGAGAGAAGUGACUAAGUGAAAAUCAGUCCACUGAUGGUCUCUUUGCUAUGUAGCCUUCACCUGCUGAUUCUUAAAUCAGUGAUAAUGAAGGAAAGGAGAACGGGAAAGGCCCCUUGAGUCAAUUGAGAUGCACCCCCUCUCCCGCAUAGAAUUAUACGUGUGUGUGUAUGUGCUGUCCGACCAACCACAUCCAUUUGCUGUGUAUGUAAUUGGUGGUUUAACUUAAUUAGCCAAACACAGGUGUGCGCGCACACACACACUCAUCCGUAACUCCCCAUGCGUAUCCCCUGAUGUGCAGCAUGUCAAAACGGCACCUGCUGCUGAGGGGACUCAAAUUAAGUCAAAUGGAUUCAGAUCGCUCUCCUCCAGAGAGAAAGAAAGGGAUGACUGCAACUGCAUGAAUUGAAUGAAUAAGUGUACGUAUGAAAGGGAUGUGUUACAUUGGUGCGAAGGUGGGAAUGUAAUCUAUGAUUAGUGUCAGUAAGUCAGGGGCCUCAUUAGAAACAGUGCCUGACAGGGUGAGGUGUUAAUCUCAUAGCUAACUCAACUUCAAAGGGGUGUUCUGAGGAUUUAUUGUAAUGUACAUGUAUGAUAUUAAGCUAGAGGAUGGCUUAGUGUGAUGGUCUUUGUUCGUUGUUGCUGACAUAUUGUGUGUCUUUCAGUAAAGAGAACAGGAUGAACGGACAGUACCAGCAGUCAGUAGACGUUUUCAACGACAAUAAGUAAGUGCACUGUCCCUCUAACAAUGGUAUUACACUGAGUAUACAAAACAUUAGGAACACCUGCUCUUUCCGUGACAGACUAAUAACCAGGGAAAUCCAGGUAAAAGCUAUGAUCCCUUAUUGAUGUCACUUGUUAAAUCCACUUCAAUCAGUGUAGGUGAAGGGGAGGAGACAGGUUAAAGAAGGAUUUUUAAGCCUUGAGACAAUUGAAACAUGGAUUGUACAUGUGCGCCAUUCAGAGGAUGAAUGGGCAAGACAAAAAAUGUAAGUGCCUUUAAACGGGGUAUGUUAGUAGGUGCCAGGCGCACCGAUUUGUGUCAAGAACUGCAACGCUGCUGGGUUUUUCACGCUCAACAGUUUCCUGUGUGUAUCAAGACAUCCAGCCAACUUGACACAACAUGGGGCAGCAUCCUUGUAGAGUCCAGGCCUGGACGAAUUGAGACUGUUUUGAGGGAAAAAGGAAGGGUUGCAACAACAUUUUAGGAAGUUUUCCUAAUGUUUGGUAUACUCAGUGUAUGUUGCAUGUAAAGAACAAUAUAAUGACAGUGAAUUGCUUUGAUUUGAACCAAUUCUCACCCAUUUUCUGCCUCCCUUUCUCGCUCUCUUCCCCCUCUCCCGUUCUCUCUUUCUCUCCCCCUCCUUCCCUCCCUCCACUCUCUCUCCAUGCCUUCCCCUCUCUCCCUCCAGGUAUUCUCUGUUUGCGGUGGUCAACCACCAGGGUACUCUGGAGAGUGGUCACUACACCACGUUCAUCCGGCAGCACAAGGACCAGUGGUUCAAGUGUGACGAUGCCGUCAUCACCAAGGCCAGCAUCAAGGACGUACUGGACAGUGAAGGGUGAGCUCAGACCACUACAACCUCAACCUUUAUGGUGUUAACCCCUUAAGGUCGAUGUCCCUGCCCCCGCGGAAAUCAAAUUAGCAUAGUUUAAAAAUCUGUCCGUUUAAGCUAGAGAAAUGUAUUUUUUUGUUGCAUUGAAGGCAUCUCAAUCCACCGUAUCCACUGAUGUCGCACUUCCGCAUCUGCAGUGACAGAGCUAGAGCGGUGUUUGUCAAACCAUGAGACAUCCUGCAAAAUUGGUCUUCUCACAAAAUCGUCUGUAGCGUCCAAACGGUUUGGCCUACAAACUAUUGUUGGCCAACAAACGGUGGUGUUCUCCGUUUUGCUCUACGACCCCCACAAGCGUCUUGGGACUCGUCUGAAGUCAGUACAGCCAAUCUGCCAACUUCUGUCUGUAGCGUCCGAACAGUUUGGGCUACACACUAAUAUUACCCCUCUGUAGAAAGGUGAGACUCUCACGAACACAUAAUGUCAUUUUGUUGUUUUGCUCUAGGACGCCCACAAGACUUGUCUGAAGCUUCCCUGGUACCAGUUGAAAACAUUAAUGGAAGUAUAUAUGGACACUGUUUAGUGCCAAAAAUAAGGGGUUAAAUACAUAAAUACAAAAAAAAAGAAUAUAUACAAAUGUGUCCUGAUCUUUCUUAUAUCUCUCAGAUAUAGGUCAGACACUUCAGAACAAACUUUCUUUAGGUUUUUUGGGGGGGACUAUCUGUUGUUCCAUGUAUGGGCUAAUAGCAGUAAGCCAAAAAUAUGUUUUCAUCAAAUUAUAUUUAAAUAUUUUUUGGGGAUACUUCAAGGGGUCCUAACAUUCAAAAUCAAAUAGCUAAAUGAUCAUCGGUAUGACCUUCUUAAAACAAUUCCAUAUAGCUUAGUAGAACUGGGCCGCAGGUAGCCUAGCGGUUAAGAGCGUUGGGCCAGUAACCGAAAGGUUGGUGGUUCGAAUCCCUGAGCCUAUUAGUUGAAAAAUCUGUCGACGUGCCCUUGAACAAGGCACUUAACCCUAGUUGCUCUGGAUAAGAGCAGCUGAUAAAUGACUCAAAUGUAAAAAUGUAGAACUCCCCUCCCCUGGCUUAGACAGGGCUUAGACUCUUAUGGGUUAAAAGCUCAUACAAUCCUUACCUUUACCAUUACGGGGUUAAACAUAUAGCAGAUCUGGUGUCAGGGGUUAGGGGCAACAUCUACCCACUGUCUUUUGAGGGAGGUUUCCCAGACAUCGAUUAAGCCUAGUCCAGGAGUAAAAAGCACUUGGAGAUUCUCCAUUGAACAUGCUUUUUAGUCCAGUUUAUAUUGUAUUGUCAAUCAGUAGACUUCAAAGCCACAUUAUUAUUAUUAUUAUUAUUAUUAUUAUUAUUAUUAUUAUUAUUAUUAUUAUUAUAUAUUAUUAUUACAUUAUACACUUAGUAUACAUAAUGAACACUUGCUAUUAGGAAGGUGUUCUCAAUGUUUUGUACACUCAGUGUAUAUUAUUUAAUCCUAAACUCCAUCUCCCCCAUUCUUUCUUUUGAUGUAUCAUUCUGCAGUAGCUUCUACCUUGUGUUUUUCAUCCUUUUUCAUUAUCAUGAGGAAUUAUCUGUAUGAGUGUGAAAUCUGAUCGCUGAGUCUUUUUCUGUUGUCAGGUACCUUUUGUUCUACCAUAAACAGUUUCUGGAGUACGAAUAGCCUCCUUCCUUCAGCACUGAUGUCAUCAGCCCCCAAGAGUUGUGCAACAAAAGAUGGCAACGUAACACAAGCCUACCUGAAACUCUACAUCAGUGAAGAUUGAAGCUGUGGGAAUGGAGGCAAAGGAAAAUGAACCACGCAUCUUUUCUAACUAAAGGACACUCCAAAACCAAUCUGCAUGGAAGCUACUACGUAGGAUCUACUUAAUAGGACUGAAAGGAGGAAGAGGAGGGGGGGGGGGGAGAGUGGAGCCUUUGUUGGAAGAUGAGGUGCUUCGCUCUCUCCUCUUCUAUUGUUUUGGGCAGAUGGAGGAACAGGCCGACAGUGGCCACAUCUGA